AUGGUUUCAGCAGUGUAUGCUAGGUGCAAUACAGUGGAGAGACUGGAAUUAUGGGACGAGUUGGAUAGCAUAGCGGAGCAUGUACAGUGCCCUUGGAUCAUCGGUGGAGAUUUUAAUGUUAUACUAGAUGAGGAGGAGAAGCUGGGAGGGUUGGAUUUCACUAUAAAUGAAGCCAUAGACUUUGCAUCUUUUAUUAGCAGGAAUGCUUUAUCAGAAGUGCAUUUUUCAGGAAGUAAAUAUACUUGGCAGGGGUCAGAUCAUGCACCACUUCAUUUGAGUUGCAACUCAGAUGAGGUACCUAUAAUCAAGCCUUUCAGAUUCAUGAACUUUUGGAGCAGGCAUCAACAGUUCAAGAAAAUAGUGGAGGAUAGCUGGAAAAUUGAUUUUGUUGGUAACCCAUUUCUUGAAUUUCAUGCUAAAUUGAAGAAUGUUAAGAAGGCAUUGUCUGCAUGGAGUAAGGAAGUUUUUGGCAAUGUUUUUCAACAAAUUGCCACGCUGGAGGACAUCAUUAAAGUAAGGGAGGCACAGUUGCAAAUACACCCGUCUGCGGAUAACAGGGCUGCAUUGAAUAAAGUCGAAGCUGAAUUAAAGAAUUAUUUGAGACGGGAGGAGGAGUUCUGA